AUGGAUCCUGAUAUGCCAGUUCUCAACGAGGCCCAGCCUUCCGUCUUCCGCUGGAUCUUGGGGUUUCUAAUGGUGGGUGUGUGUUGGGGUCUAACUACACCCUUUAUGCGGAAGGCCGCUAUGAAUUACACGCCUCCCCAGCGAUCAUCCCUUACCGAACCGAACAAUUCAUGGAUACAAAGAAAAGUACUAGGCAUAUGGUAUGCUGUAAUUGGUGUAUUGAGUCGGCCAGCUUAUGCAGUGCCCCUCUUGUUGAAUGUUACUGGUAGUGUAUGGUUCUUCAUCUUGAUUGGCAAGGCGGAGCUGAGCCUUACUGUGCCCAUCACCAAUUCUCUGGCAUUCCUCUUCACAGUUUUAGGGGAAUGGUGGGCAGAGAAGAAGGUCAUAAGUAGAGGUCAGCCAUACUCAUAUGAAAAUAUUCAUUGA